AUGCCCGUUGACUACAGCAAAUGGGACGCGCUGGAGCUCAGCGAUGACUCGGAUAUCGAGGUCCAUCCCAACGUAGACAAAAGAUCCUUUAUCCGUGCCAAGCAACACCAAAUCCACCAAGAUCGACAGCAACGCAAGCUCCAGAUCGAAGCGUACAAGUACGAGCGGCUCAUCCACGAUGGCCUCUUGAAGCGCAUCUCGUCCCUGCUGGCGUCGCUGAGGACGCAUGCUUCCGAGGCUGCCGGCAGAAACCCUGGCGAGAUGGCGUUCAAGGCUGUCAUGGAAACGGCCGGUGACCCCAAGGACGACCAGGUUCCCCCACGACCCGAGGGACUGCACAGCGACGCUGGGGAGCCCAAAACGUACUCGCAGAUGAUGGCUGCGCUGUUGGACGAGGUCAACAAGGCGCUCGACGCCAAGGAUCCCCAAGACCGGUAUCAGGCCAUGAUUACGGAGCUCCAGGGACAUGCGGACAAGAUCGACAAGAUGCAAAAGGAGCUUACGCCGAAACUCGACAAGCUUCUUCAAGAGGAGGGAAAGAAAAUCACAAGCGCCGACAUCCACACUGGAUUCGACAGUUCACACGUUGCCAAGACGAAACCGUCUGAGAAGAAGGGUGCAUCCACAGAGGUGGAACUCCUGAACCCCAAUGCCCUGUCCUCCGACUCGCAGUCACGCAGUGACAAGGCAAAGGUCGAUGAGGAUGAGGAGGUGGAGGCUUCGCCCGCGGCCAAGAAGUUUGCACAGAUUGGCUCUAAUGACUACGCUGCCAGCCUGCAAUACCUCUCGCAGAACCCGCAGAUCUUGACGGAGAAGGAGACGGACGGCCUAUUGGUGCUGGCUUUCGAUGCGGCACUGGAAAAGAAGUACGACUAUUCUCGUCAAUGUGUCCACCAGGCGCUGCUAUUGCAGUACUGCAGGCUUCUCGGGAAAGACGGGGUCCGUCUGUUCUUCCAGAGAGUCACAACCAAGGGUCACCAGGCGCAGACCGUGUUCUACGACGACGUCCGAGACACCUACACGCGCAUUAAGAAGCGGGCACAGGAAAUUAUCGAACAGCGUGCCAAGGAACCCGAAGAGGGCGUCGAACAGAUUCAGCUCCAUGCCGUCGAGCCAGGGACGGUCAUUCAAAUCAAGGUGCCUGCUGCCCAAAGCCAGGACACGGCGGAAAAACGGGCCCGGGAAAUUUUUGACGGUUUCAAGCCAGAUAUGAAGGAGGCCCUGGAGUCGGGGAGUCUGGAUCAAGUGAACAAGGUGCUGGGUCAGAUGAAGGCAAACAUCCUGAGUCUCGAGGAACAAAUUAUCGAUGCCACGACAGAGGAAGGGCGAGAGCAGUUGAAGGAGCUGGAAGCGGCGGCCAAGGCAGGGGCAGAGGCCGAGGCCGAGGGACCGGUGGGAGACCCUGAAUAA